GAAGAUGGUCUCCAGGGUUGGCCCCGCAUAGCAGCAGCAGCUCCGGCUCCCAGGCUGGGCCCAGGGAAUGUGGCUGUAGGACACCAUGGACCGAGCCCACGGCGCGGCCCUGCAGCUGCGCCAGCUGCCACCCACAAGCAGCGCGCACCCGCUCACAGAGCUUUCCUUCUCCUACAAGGAGAACUUGAUCGGCGCCCUUUUGGCGAUUUUCGGGCACCUUGUGGUCAGCAUUGCGCUCAACCUACAGAAGUACUGCCACAUCCGCCUGGCAGGCUCCAAGGACCCCCGAGCCUAUUUCAAGACCAAAACAUGGUGGCUGGGCCUGUUCCUGAUGCUGCUGGGCGAGCUGGGCGUGUUUGCCUCCUACGCCUUCGCUCCGCUGUCUCUGAUCGUGCCUCUUGGCGCGGUCUCCGUGAUAGCUAGCGCCAUCAUAGGAAUCAUAUUCAUCAAAGAAAAAUGGAAACCCAAAGACUUUCUGAGGCGCUACGUCUUGUCCUUCGUCGGCUGUGGUCUGGCCAUCGUGGGCACCUAUUUGCUGGUGACAUUCGCACCUAACAGCCACGAGAAGAUGACAGGCGAGAAUAUCACCAGGCACCUCGUGAGCUGGCCUUUUCUCUUGUACAUGCUUGUGGAGAUCAUCCUGUUCUGCUUGCUGCUCUACUUCUACAAGGAGAAGAACGCCAACAACAUCAUCGUGAUUCUUCUCCUGGUGGCGUUACUGGGCUCUAUGACGGUGGUGACCGUGAAGGCUGUGGCCGGGAUGCUCGUCUUGUCCAUACAGGGGAAUCUGCAGCUCGACUACCCCAUCUUCUACGUAAUGUUCGUGUGCAUGGUGGCCACCGCUGUCUACCAAGCCGCGUUUUUAAGUCAAGCCUCGCAGAUGUACGACUCCUCUUUGAUUGCCAGCGUGGGCUACAUUCUGUCCACUACCAUUGCCAUCACGGCAGGUGCAGUGUUUUACCUGGACUUCAUCGGGGAGGACGUACUGCACAUCUGCAUGUUUGCACUGGGGUGCCUCAUUGCAUUCUUGGGCGUCUUCUUAAUCACACGUAAUCGGAAGAAGGCCAUUCCAUUCGAGCCCUACAUUUCCAUGGAUGCCAUGCCAGGUAUGCAAAACAUGCAUGACAAGGGAAUGACAGUUCAGCCUGACCUCAAAGCUUCUUUUUCCUAUGGGGCCCUGGAAAACAACGACAACGUUUCAGAGAUCUACGCUCCCGCCACGCUGCCCGUCAUGCAAGAGGAACACAGCUCCGGGGGUGCCUCUGGGGUGCCCUACCGAGUCCUGGAACACACCAAGAAGGAAUGAGCCCGCCUUGAAGGAGACUGCCCUUCCCUCCAUUUAUAACUGCUCUCAAGUCAGGCCGACAGUGAGCAGUUCGACCCUGAAUCCUAAAGUUUGCCUUUCAAGUUCUUAUUUUUUUUUAAACAGAGAACUCUCUAGAAGGGGAUCUCGGAGACCCUUUGUCUCUGGCAAAGAAUAUAUUAUCUUGGUCUCAGAGGUUUCAGAUGACCGGGUGGGGGGAGGGGAAUGAAACCUGUAUUCCCCCUUCCCCGGGGUCGGAGGGAGUGCAGAGUUCAGACUCUGCCUGGUUCUGUCCAGCCCGCUUGGGAAAGCAGUCAUGAUCCCUAAGGAUAGUAACUGAGCUUCCUCUGGCAGUGACCAAAGAUUGCCGCGUUCCUCGGGGCUAAAGCAAGGCAGACAUUCCGCUCUCACUUUUCCACAUCCCGUGAAAGGCUAGAGACCUCAGAAUCUAAUCUUCCCCAUCUCAUUCAUCAUUCCACAUUUCCACUAACAUCUGUGCUGUCAUCCUGAAGCAUAGUAAGGUCAGCCCUGGGAACAUCCUAUCAUUCACCUGUAGAAAAUACACUUCUGCCUUCCAGUGGUCUGUGCCCUUCCGGAGAAAACAUGCUUGGUGUGUUUGUAUUAGAUCUGCUCUGAAAACUAAUUUGGUUUUGGUUCUGUGAACUAUGUAAUUGCUUUUCUCCUCCCAACCCCGUCCCCCCGCCCCACCGCCCCGGGUUAAGAAUUAAGAGAAGGAGGGAAAUAAGGACAGGAAAUAAGGGGUAAUGAUGCGUUAGCCCAUAAAGGAAGAAAAAUCCCUUUUCAUCUUACAAAAAGUGAAUGUGCCACUUACAAAAGGAUAGGCAGAAAAUCUGGCUGUUUCAUGGGUGUGUUCCUGCCCACCAGUGCCCCCUGGGAGGCUUGGGAGUGCUUACUGCAGACAGCCCCCAUCCUCUCUCCAUCAAACCAAACUUGAAUUACUGGUUCAUUUCCUUGGAAUUGACCGAGACCCUUUAGGUCGCACCAUGUGCAUAUGUCUGGGAAAGCGGGCAUUCUUGGUAAGGGAUUGCUGCUUUCUUUCUGGCUACAUCCAUAAUUAUCUUCUCCUGGACUGACUAUAGACUUCUGAGAAUGACAGAAGGGUUUGCGGACUUGAGCAUAAUGAUCCCCUAGGGAGUGUGUUUAAAAUGCAGAUUCCUACACCCCUACACCCAUUCCUUCGUGGGAAUGACAGGGAGGAAAAAGAGUCCACAUUCUUAACGGACAGCAAGGUCAUUCUGAUGCAGGCCAUCCAAGGAGCACACACCUUGAAAUUGAGAGAGAUGGGCUGUGAAAACCUGGGGCGCCACACCCCUCCUGGAAAGUUGUUAUUACCCUACCUUGUUUCCUGUCUAGGGCUCCUUUAGCAGGUCAAAUAAUUCCCAUAGGAUCCGAGGCAUUUAUCCAUCCCAUGAUUACUACUUCCAACGACCCUUACUGUUUCCCUAGGCACUCUUUAACUAAUAGGCGAGAUAACAGUGUUAAUAGACCAGUGUUGAUAGAUCAUUAACCUUUAUGGAUUGUGCUUCAUACCGAUUUACUACCUUGACUUUGAAAACUGGCAUCUGUUGCUUGUGAUAACCACUUCGGUAUUGUGUCUGACAUGCCUAAGAAAGCAGCAGACAAUGACCUUUUUUCUUCAGGAUACAUAUCCACUCAGUUCAACAAUA